GCCUCUGGGCGCAAGCAGGACGAGACCGAUUUCAUGCGCAUUGUCUGGACUGCGCACGUCGGCUUGCCGCGAGAGAUUGCCGCGCGCCGGGUGGACUGUCGGCUGGUGUUUGCGCGGUGAGGUUGUGGUGUAUUGUACUCGGGCCGCCAAUAACGAGCGGCGGGCGCGUCGUGGGGGAUUAUCAACUGGGGGAGAUAAGAGAAAUCAGGACAAAUGCCAAAUGCAACGCGCAGACCCGCUCGUCUGGACGCCGAUAGCCAUGACCAAUAUGGUGCUCGCCCUGCAGCGCCUGCCUGUGAGCGCUGUGGUGCUGGGACGCCGGUUGCAGCCCGGAGCAAGGAGGAGAGGGCGCCGUCUGGGGAACGCAGACGAGCUGAGGGCGAUGGCGAGACGUCGGGGAUUAGCACGGCGCAGCGGAUAGCUUCGGCCGCGGCUGUGGGAUGUCGUCCUGUUGUCGCUGAAGUAAGUCUCGUCGUGGGUCAGAGUGGAGGUGCGGUGCGGUGCCAUCUCCGGGCGCGCGGGCGCUUUUCCGCAGUACGAUGGAGCGGGCAGCCCGAGAAGGCCCAUCAUCGACAGCAGGAGCAGGAGAGAGGAAUGCUGUAUACUGGAUUCCAAUGCGCGCAUGCGGCUGCCUGCACGCUGCCCUCCAUCGUCGCUCCCAGGGCAGGCACGCCCGGCGUCGUCCCUUCCCUGCGUCGCAUGGUUGGUGUUGACGGCGCGCCACAGCCAAUUGCGCGCUCCCCACGCCGCCGCUCUUAUCAAGCGGCUGUCUGGCUUGGCCGGAAUCCCGACAAGCACGCCCAUCCUCCACCCAAACCCCAUCAGACCGCGAUUAUGGCAGGCCGACUAACCUCCCACGUACCCCGGCGCACCCGUCCCAGGGCUGGCCCGCUCCUAAAAAGUAACCAGUCCUGUCCGCCGCCCCGUUGCCUCCACAGCACCCGCCCAGCUUGACCUCCUCCAAGCCCGCUCUCUCCCACGGUUGCACCCCGUCCACGUACUCCUUUUGGCUGUGCGACCACCGAAGCUGCCCGCUGCUACUUCCGCCGGGUGCUCCCGCGUGCCCCGACAGCGCGGUUGUGAAGCCCAGUCUUAUCUUGUGCGCCAGCCUCACCCAUCUGCUUCUCCUAUAUA